CGUUCACUCAAUACAACUGGUAAAUACCAGGCGCACAAGACCACCUUUGAAAAAAGCAGGACAGGAUCUCGAAGGACAAUGCGUUAUUAUGCGCAGGACGCCGGGGUGUCGAGCUAGAUUCGGUUUAAAUACUUCAUUUCACCAGUAAGGUGAGGCGGAAGCGACCUGUGGUGGAUCUACUGGACAUUUAGUUUACAUACAGUCGGAAAAUAUUCGAGGAUUAUGAAGGUGAACAUACAGCUUGCAAGAGGCAGAUAGGACUGUUUUUAUUCUUUGAUCCUGGAGAUGAUUUAUUGAUCGCUCUGCUCCACCCUACCCGGAGCAUCAGCCCCUUCUGGUUGAGGGUAGAGGUGCAGAUUGAGCCCAUCCCGGAGAUGAUCCAGCAGGUUGGGCUGUUGGCAGGGAGUUUUCUGCUGCUGCUCGUCAGGAAUGUUUCGGCGCAGGGGGAAAAUUCCACAAUGUCCAGCUUUACGACAUCCUCCCCAGAAAGUACGGGACCUAAUAUUGUGGCCAUCGUUGUACCAACUGUGGUGCUGGGCCUGCUGGCUAUUUUGACGGCGGUUCUGGUGUUUCUGUUCUGCGUGGUGAAAAAGAAGAGACAGACAGAGGGCACGUAUCGACCCAGCGCAGAGGAGCAGACGGGAGCCAGAAGUGUAGAAGCGCCAGACGCCCUCAAACUACCCAAAGAGGAAAGACUGAUUUGACGCAGUGGUUUAUGUCUAACCCGCAGCACGUGAUAAUGGUGACUCAAUCCCUAAACGGAUAAACAUUAACCAAAACACACUGAAGGCACAAUGUCCAAACUUAGCCAUGUGUUGUGGCUAAACAAAGUGAGUUUGACUACUAUAUGAAACUUGAAGGAAUUCAUAUCUUCUACUCUCAACAUAUUUUAACACGCCUUUGACAAUCAUAUUUUUAGAUUGGCUUUUCUCAGAAUGCACAUUUUAUGCUGUGCUUACUGUUGCUUUACACACUUAAACGCUGAUGUUUGUGUGUGGUGAUAUUUUUUAAAGGUGGAGUGUGCCGUUUCUGCCCCUAGUGGCACAAAAAGGAAUUGAAAUCUGUUUGUUUUUGCAUCUAGGAGUUUAACAGCAUCAGCUCAACCAGUGGGGGGAGUUUGGGGACAUGACUAUCUGUCUAUCUGACUAAUAAUUUUACCAUCAUUUUUUUUAAAGACCAUUAUUUUUGCUUUUAUGUUUGCUGGUGUUAGAUAUUGCACACUUCACCUUCCAAUAUACACAGUGCUCAGCAUAAAAGAGUACACCCCAUUUCGAAAAUGAAUAUUUUUAUCCAUUUUCAGUGAACAAAACUGAUUUAUCAAACAGAAACAUUUAUCAAAAUAAUAUUUUAGAUACAGAACAUCUUUAUGAAUGUAAAGAUAAUACAUUUAAAUUGAUGCAAAUAUUGCAAAAAUAAGUUACAAAUUACAACAUUUCUGCAAACUUUUAUAUAUUUUUUGUUUCUUUAGUUUUUUGCUAUUGUUGAAAAAUGUGUUUAAUAUUUUUCCCCUACAAAAGUUUGGGAUACUCAUUUUGGACCGUUAUCAUAAGUUAUUUUGUUAGAUAUGCUCCAGAUUUGGCUUCAGCACUGACUGAACUAAUGUAUAUGAUGGAAAAUAUUCAUGUAAAUGAGAGAUCCGUGAGGGGUGUACUUAUAUAUGCUGAGCACUGUAUUUAUUUACAGGUGAAGGCAAAAUUAUUAGCAUUCCUGUGAAGCUUUUAAUUCUGUUUUUUUUUUUUUUUUUUUUUUAAUAUUUCCCAAGUGUGGUUAAAUGUAAUUAAAUUUUUAAACAAAAUAAGGCCUAUCAUACACCCGCCACAAUAAGGUGCAAGACCGGUUUGCGCCAUGUUGUUUAAAUGGCAAAUCCAUUUGUGCCACUUUGUGGACUCGUGUGCCAGUCUUGGAUGGAGGUGUGUUCAGGUGCAUUGUGCUUUACUAUUUUAAGGAACUAAAAUAGACUGUGCAAAUGACCAGCUGCAAGCAUGUCUCUGUCCAGCGCAGAGUUAGUUGUGCGACUUAAACGUGUACACAUUGCUUAAUAGACACAGGAUGUAUAGCAAUACACAAAUAUCUUUACAGUUUUCAGUUUAUUCAUUACAACUUGCUUUUGUAUAGUUAUUAUUAUUAAUUAUAUGCAUAGUUAUAUUUGUUUUAUUAAAAACAAGUUUAGAUUUGUCCACCUGUCGGGUUUUGCACCAUAUGGGGCAAAAGAAUAGGAUAGAACUCAGUGUUUUGACCACACUUUAUUAUCAUUGUUCAUUUAUUUGUUUGCUGGAAAUUAGAACUGAAUUUAGAAAUAGUUUUAAAACAAAGUUUUUGCACUUAACUAACAAAAUUAAAUAUGUAGGCUGAUGGAUGUCUUAGUGGAGCACGUACAACACUGUUUCCUUAUCCACAAAAGUGAAGAAGUGAAGAGAAAGAGAAAGUAAAGAGGCAGAAUAAAGGAGACUCAUUCUUCA